AUGGGGAACCACGGCUCGAACCUGGACGAGAUCCUGGCGGAGGACAUGCACCAUUGGUACAACAAGUUCAUGCGGGAGUCUCCGUCGGGCCUGAUCACGCUGUUUGAGCUGAAGGCCAUCCUCAACCUGAAGGGUAUGAACGAGAACGCCAACAGCUACGUGGACCAGGUCUUCUUCACCUUCGACAUGGACGGGGACGGUUACAUUGACUUUGUGGAGUACAUUGCAGCCAUCAGCCUGAUGCUGAAAGGAGAGAUCAACCAGAAACUAAAGUGGUACUUCAAACUGUUCGACCAGGACGGCAACGGAAAGAUCGACAAGGAAGAACUGGAGACCAUCUUCUCGGCCAUCCAGGACAUCACACGAAACAGAGACAUUGACCCAGAGGAGAUCGUCUCACUCAUAUUUGAGAGGAUCGAUGUUAAAGGAGAAGGUGAGCUGACCCUUGAGGAGUUCAUCGAGGGAGCCAAAGACCACGAGGACAUCAUGGACAUGCUGAAGAACCUGAUGGACCUGACGCCGGUGUUAGUCAUCAUCGUGGAGGGCCGGACGGGAUGA